CACACACUCUCCCUCCGGCAAUAAUUCCAUUCACAGACAGAGCAAGGAAGAGAGAGAGGGAGAUGUAGAGCUUUCCUCUCCUUUUUCUCACAUUCAUUCCUUCAUUCAUUCUCGUACUCCAAAUUCCAAUGGCCCAAACCACUAUCCCUUUCUCUCUACAACUCUUCUUCUUAUGCUCCUUUCUCCCACUACUCUCAUCUUCAACCCAGCAACAAUCUCCUACUCUCAGCCUCAGCCCCUCCGAUCUGAAUUCCCUCCUCCAAAUAAACAACUCUCUCACUGACCUACCUGGUUCUCACUUCUUCUCCACUUGGGACUUCUCCUCUCCAAAUCCUUGCUUCUCCUUCUCCGGUGUCAUUUGCAGCAGAUCUUCUCCUUUUUCCUCAUUCCUCCAAAUCUCAUCUCUUUCUCUUGGAACCGGCCUCACCGACUCUCCUGGCCUUACCGGGACUCUCCCUGCUGCCAUUGCCGACCUCUCUGCUUUAGAACAACUCAUCGUCUACGCCGGAGCCAUUACCGGCCCCAUCCCGUCCCGCAUCAGCAAUCUGAAUAGCCUGCUCUUACUCUCCAUCACCAACAAUCUCAUAUCGGGCCCCAUCCCAGAUUCAAUCUCCACACUUCCCAAUCUCCACACUCUAGAUCUCAGCCACAAUCGGCUCCACGGCUCGAUCCCACCAUCCCUCGCCGCAUUGCCCGGGCUCAAGGUUCUGAUCCUGGCCGAUAAUCGUCUCUCAGGGCAAGUCCCCGAGAUCCUGAGCCAGCUCAUCCACCUCGAUCUGAAGAAGAACGCCUUGUCGGGGCGGCUGCCACACCUCCCCUCCACUCUACGCUACCUCUCCGCCUCUGAUAACGCAAUGUGGGGCCCACUCGACAAUCUAAGGUCCCUGCCCGACCUCGAAUUCCUCGACCUCGGGAUGAACGGCUUCAGCGGGGUAAUCCCAGAGUCCCUGUUUUUGAAUGGCAACGGUGGCGCGUACAAGCUCACUUCGGUGCUCCUGCAGCGGAAUAAUCUGACGGGCGGUAUCCCAGCCGUCCCACCCGAUGGCCAUUCGGCGAUGGUUGGAUCUACGGUGGAUCUUAGCCACAACGGGUUGUCAGGGGAGCUAUCAACGGUCCUGGCUGAGGCGGAGAGCGUUUAUUUGAACAACAACAGAUUCACAGGAAUGGUGCCGUUGGAGUACGCGAGGAGCGUGUACAGCGGGAGCAUGAAGACACUGUACGUGCAGCACAAUUACCUGUCGGGUUUUCCCGUGCCUGCGGGAUCACCGCUGCCCUUGUCAGCGUCGCUAUGCGUAUCCUACAACUGCAUGGUCCCACCGGUGGGGCCCACCGCCUGCCCGGCCAGCGCAGGGGAGCAGCAGUGGAGGCCCGCUUAUCAGUGCUCCAUAUUCAACAGAAGCAGCGUCAUCAACGGUUGAAUCUUGUCUGUCCCACUCUCCAUAUAUUAUUUUAUUGGGUAUUUUUAUUGGGUUGGUGGGGAUUUCUGGCAUUUGUUAUUAUUUUUAUUUUACAUGUUAUUACAUCGGUUCACCUUUCUAAGGAGGGUGCACUUGAAAAUAGUUAAAGAGAACAACAGCCGAUCUAUUUGCCUUUUAUUAUUAUUAUUUUUUUCUAUUGAAUAUCCUUUAUUGCCAUCA